AUGAGAAAUGGAUUUGAGAGCUCACCGGCUCUGAGGUGCCAUGCUGCUGUGAUGAGUGGCCCUAAGAGCGGUAUCUGUGUUGUUGGAACGCCGUUGGGAGCGGUGGCGUGCGGUAAGGCGCGGUCGAAGACGGUGGCGAACCGGCGGUACUCGGUGGGGGCAGGGGACAGCUGUGCAUCGCUGGUGGUGGUGCAGUUCCAGCGCCAGCCGCCGCUCGUGGGCCUGCUCAACCGCAACUGGAUGUGCCGCUCCCAGAGCCUCUUCGCCGGCAUGCCCCUCUGCAUCCCCUCUUAG